AUGCUGAUUGCAACUAACAAAAGUUCAAGCGGUAAAGAACAACAAAUGGAAAGACAACCGUUUAUACGAUGUCAACAGCAACAACAGCAGCAACAACAACAACAGCAACAACGUAGUGAGACAACUGAAACUCAAGAAUUCGAUACCAUAAUUGAAAGCAAAAUAUAUCGAAACAAACAGACUAGAACGAAAGCUGCAAAAAACAUUAAAAUAUAUCAAAAUUUACAAAUAGUUUCUUAUAAAACAGCAGGAGCGGCGGCGGCAGCAACAGCUGCAGAAGAACAACAGACAAAAGUACAAAAACAGUAUCGCAAGCGUGCUUCUUCUGCAACAGCAAUGCUAAAUAGUAAUAGUAAAGUGCAUUGCAGGGCCACUGAAGCAAAUAACAAAACUUACAAAAUGCAAAAGCAAACAAAACCAAUCAAAAGCAAACCAACUAAACAAAAACAAAGCUACAAUUCAAUAAACAUGGAAGCCAACGAUAAUUGUAAUAAUAAUUUGUAUGCCUUCCAAAAUGGACCUGGAUCUAUGCAUACCAGCCAUUAUUGGAAGUGA